AUGAGCCCGGGAACCGGGACGUGUUGGCAGCACGAUGAUGACCUAGUGUGGAUCGAGCCACAACAGCCGCUGACCGACAGGUUCCGUGUGUCCUGGGCUUCUCUGCUGCUGCUCGCGCUGUUGUCUGACCACCUGUGGUUCCGCGCGGACGCCAAGCUGUUGUCCUCGUCUUCCGCGUCUGCCGCGUCUGCCGCGCCGCUGCCGGACCGCGUCAGGCCCGUGUUCGUGAACUCCACGCGCUCUUUCACACUCGCGGACGCGGAGCACCUGUGCGGGAACCUUUCCGUGCGCAGCCGCGGAGGCUCAUGGGACACGGGAGCUCACGUGGACGAGAGCGCCAUGCACGCGCACCUGCACGCACUACACCUGUCAUUCUGCAGUUCGUACUCUCUCAUGGACCUGCUCCGGUCCGGAUCCAGUCCGGACCGACUGCGCUGCAGCCUGCACGCGCUACACGAGCGAAGCACGUGCAGCGCGUGCGUCUCCGCGUUCCAACGCUACGACCUGCACGCGCUCGAGAAGUACGAGGAUUUCGAGCAGCUCGCGCUCAAGUAUGAACCGGGACCGUACUCUGUGCGGACCUGCAUGGACCAGUGCAAGAUGGCAUACAAGUGGUGGCUGUGUGCGCAGUUCUUCCCGGACACCUCUCCGUCCUGUGGUGAGGCCGACCCCUGUGGCCACAGCUGCCUCAGGGUCCAACAGAGCUGCCCUUUCAUCCUGCCGGACAACGAGGACCUGAUCCACGGAGGAAGCCCCAGCUUCAUCUGCACAGGCCUGCUGUCGGACUUGGACGUACACUCUCGCUGCUGUGACGUCCGAUGGUCCCCGGCCGGGCCACCGUCCCUCGGGACAGCUCGUAGGACUGCUCCUCCCCCCUGUGACAUGCAGAGGGAGUGGCUAAGCUCGUCCUCUUCCCGCCUCAGACUGUGCUGCCCCCUGCUGGUGCUGGCCCUUCUACACACUGUCCUGCUCUUCUCCCACAAUGCCACGCUGCGCUGGGAGGAGGGCGGGGCCAACGACGACUGA